CCAACUUUUUUUCAUCAUUUUUCCAACACACACAUAAUACUCCUUUUGCGCCACUUUGUGAGAAGGAUAGCUAGUCUUUCCUUGGUUUGGAUAAAGAAAAAAAUCUUCAAGAAAAAUCAACCUAAGAACUUCUUGUUGAGUUUGAUGGUGCUAACAUCUAAUAUGUCAUUAUGGCCGACCACUAUAGUUCUCUUCAUUUCACUUUUGCUCCAAACCACAAGCCUUGACGCAGCAGCCACAAGCACUGCCCUCGCCAAACACAGAAGAGAGGUCAUUGAGGCUCGCCAUGGUGCCGUUGCCACUGACGACGGCCGAUGUUCCCGAAUCGGGAUGGGCGUUCUUCGUGAAGGAGGCCACGCUGUGGAUGCUGCGGUGGCUGCCGCUUUUUGCUUGGGGGUUGUGAGUCCGGCGUCGAGUGGCAUUGGUGGAGGAGCCUUCAUGCUUGUGAGGCUAGCCAGUGGGAAGCCACAAGUGUAUGACAUGAGAGAAACUGCCCCUUUGCUAGCUUCUGAGAACAUGUAUGCUGGCAAUGCUUCUCUGAAAUCUAAAGGCAGUCUCUCAAUAGCAGUUCCAGGGGAACUUGCAGGCCUUCACAAGGCUUGGAAACAGCACGGAAGGCUUCCGUGGGCGAGGCUCGUGAGGCCGGCCGAGCGCCUCGCUCAUUCGGGAUUUAAGAUAUCACCCUACCUCCAAAUGCAGCUGACAAGCUCCAAAUCAUCAGUCUUUGCAGAUGAAGGCCUCAACACUACUUUUACAUCAAAUGGCAAUCUCUUGAAGGUAGGUGACAUCUGCCACAACAAGAAACUAGCACAAACGCUCCGAAAGAUUUCGGAUUUCGGUGUAGGGGCCUUCUAUAAUGGAUCAAUUGGACUAAAUUUAGUUAGAGAUGUUCAAAAGGCUGGUGGUAUAUUGACAAUGAGGGACUUGCAAAAAUACCAAGUUAAGCUGAGAAGGCCAAUCUCUGCAGACAUUAUGGGGCUCAAAUUACUCGUCAUGCCUCCUCCUUCUGGGGGUCCUCUGAUGAUACUUAUGCUUAACAUUCUUUCCCAAUAUGGAAUUCCUUCUGGAGUGUCCGGCUCUCUAGGGGUCCACCGAGAAAUUGAAGCUUUGAAACACACGUUUGCUGUGAGAAUGAACCUUGGUGAUCCUGACUUUGUUGAUUUGUCUGAAGUUCUUUCUGAUAUCCUCUCUCCUAAAUUUGCUGAAGAAUUAAGGAAGACCAUAAACGACAACAAGACCUUUGGUCCUGGCCAUUAUGGUGGCAAGUGGAAUCAGAUCUAUGACCAUGGUACCAGUCAUUUGUCUGUCAUAGAUCAUCAAGAGAAUGCAGUCUCCAUGACUACAACAGUGAAUUCAUAUUUUGGUUCAAAAAUAAUGUCACCAAGCACUGGAAUAAUCUUGAACAAUGAAAUGGAUGAUUUCUCCAUGCCGGGGAAUGUUUCGACCGGUAUUCAACCGCCGGCACCCCCUAAUUUCAUCAGGCCAGGGAAAAGGCCAUUGUCAUCCAUGUCACCUACUAUAGUCCUAAAGGAUAAUCAACUUAAAGCUGUAUUAGGUGCAAGCGGUGGAACUUUCAUAUUUAGUGCGGUUGGUGAGGUCCUCUUAAAUCAUUUUGCCAAGAAAAUGGACCCUUUCUCUUCUAUCAUGACUCCAAGGAUUUAUCAUCAGCUGAUACCUAAUGUUGUUAAGUAUGAGAAUUGGACAACCGUGAUUGGAGACCACAUUGAAGUUGCUGCAAAUAUAAGAGAAUCCCUUCAAAAGAAAGGCCAUGUCCUAGAGGGACUUGCUGGUGGGACUAUUUGCCAGUUUAUAGUUCAAUAUGGAGAAACUUCCAAAGAAAAUAAACAUAUCAGAAAGAUUGUAGCAGUGAGCGACCCUAGAAAGGGUGGGUUUCCUUCUGGUUUUUGACAUUGUAAACUAGUCUUAAUGGAAUUGAAAUAAAUAAGUUGUUUUCUCAAUUUACCAUGUUUUCUAACUCAACUUCUCCAUCUAUUUUAUGGGAACUUAAAGCAAACUUACAC